UUUGGUUGCUUCAGUUCAGUUAGUCGUCGUUCAGCGAUUCGGUGGUUCGGUUCCAGCUAAGCUAAGCCGUUUUCGUGACCGCGCCAUUCAAUCGUUCAUUACCGCUGAUUACCGAGUGUUUAUUGCGCUGUUUAGCGAACUGAUAGCGAAUAAUUUGCGACGUUAGUGCGUGUAGUUGUAGAGCGACGCGAAAAUUAUAAUUUUUAAUUACCGAGCUCCGAGGCUGCGUUUCGCUAUGUUGCGGAUUUCGUCGAAGAAGUUAUCCUUUGCGAGUGGAGUAAGAACGAUCCACACCUACAAACCCCUAGCCUGCUCAGCAAACACCAACACAACCGAACGCAACCAAAGCUACAUCCAUCACAUCGGGAAGAAGCCCCUGGUCUAUCGGAAUGUCGGCCAACAUCUACAAAUCGCAGCGGAAAAGUAUCCCAACAAUGAAGCACUGGUAUCGUGUCACGAGAACAAACGGCUCACGUUUUCGGAUGUGCUGGAAAAGGCCGAUCGUAUCGCGGCUUCCUUCUACCAGCUGGGCCUGAAGAAAGGUGAUCGCGUUGGAAUUUGGGCUCCCAACGGAACGCAGUUCUACUUGUCUUCGCUGGCUGCGGCACGAGCCGGAAUGAUAUCGGUAGGGAUCAAUCCAGCAUUUCAAGCUCCAGAGGCCGAAUAUGCUUUGAACAAAGCUGGCGUCAAAGCCUUGAUAUUGGCUGAACAGCAUUUCACGCAGAACUACUAUGAUUUGACAACACAGGUGGUUCCCGAAUUGAAGAACAGUCUACCUGGUAAACUGAGAAGUACCCGAGUUCCCACCCUCGAAACUGUUGUCGUAGACACGAAUAAUGGAUCUGCAUUGCCUGGAACAAUAUCCUACAGAGAUAUGCUACGGCUACCAACUGAACAGAACAUCAGCGCAAUCGAAUCCCUUCAGAGCAGCAUAUCUCCGGAUAGUGGUUUGAACAUGCAGUUCACGUCCGGAACUACCGGUCUUCCGAAAGCAGCUCUCGUGACGCACAAUGGGUUCAUUAACAACGCCAUUCACUUGGCUCAUCGCAAUGAGUUUGAUGUGAAGCAGCACCGCAUCUGUCUUCAGUUACCGUUGUUUCAUGCUUUUGCUAUGGUGGUUGGUGUCCUGACUGCAUUCACCUAUGGGACAACCAUUGUACUACCAGGGGCACGCUACAAACCUAUGGAAUCGAUUGAAGCGAUAAUAAAAGAGAAGUGUACAGCGAUCUACGGAACGCCAACCAUGUACGUUGAUCUUGUGAACAAAGCCCGAGAAACCAAUAUAAAACUACCGCCGGUUGACCUAGCCGUCACUGGAGGAGCUACCUGCUCUCCACAACUCUUCUCCGAUAUCCUAGAAGUCCUAAACGUCCGCAAGGCGAAAACUGUAUACGGGCUGACGGAGGCCUGCGGUAUCGUUUUCCAAUCGUUGUUUGACGAUUCUCGAGAGAAAAUAUUGGAGACGGUCGGACAUAUCAUGGAUCACUUUGAAGCCAAAAUUGUGGACGGGCAGGGCAAUACCGUUCCCUUCGGGACACCCGGAGAACUAUGGGUUCGAUCGUCGGGGAUGAUGCUCGGCUACUGGGGUGAUGAGAAGAAAACGAAGGAGACGCUAGAUGCGGAUGGAUGGCUACGUACCGGGGAUCAAUUUGUGCUGCGAGAGGACGGUUAUGGGAAGAUUGUCGGGCGGAUCAAGGAGAUCAUUAUUCGAGGAGGGGAGAAUAUUUUUCCGCGGGAGAUCGAGGACUAUUUGAACACGCAUCCCAAGGUGCUGGAAACGCAUUGUGUGGGAGUGCCGGAUUCGCGAAUGGGGGAAGAGAUUUGUGCGUUUGUAAGGUUGAAGGAAGAAGGGCAGAUGUUGACUUUCGACGAAAUUAAGGAUUUUUGCAAGGGGAAUUUAGCACAUUUCAAGGUGCCAAAGUACUUACGGGUGGUGAAAGAAUUUCCGAAAACAACAUCCGGUAAGGUGCAAAAGUUUAAACUUGUAGAAAUGUUUAAAGAAGAAUCCGGAGAGGGCAAAUAAAACAAGAUUUUUUAUCGUUGAAAUGUUUUUGA